AUGGCGGCCAGCCGACCGCCGGAUGAGAAUGGGCAGAAACUUCUAUCUUUUGCCCAAAUCUUAAAUGGCUCUAAGACAAAUCCACGGAAUAUAUUCAAUCAUUCUGGAAAAACACAAUCAAAAGCCCCAUCGAUCAAAUCCCAACCAUCUGUUUACAAAGGUGAACCGGCGUUCCUAUUGACAGAGGAAGAAGAUGAAACCUUGGCAGCGCCAUUCAAGCUCUCGCUCGUAGGAAAAUUUUCCAAAGGAAGUCGAAAAUGGAUUUCUUGUGGCAACAAUUUCAGAAAAUUGGAUUCAAAGGUAGUUGGGGAUGUCAACUGGGCUAAAAACCAGAGGGAGAAAAGAGAGAAAGAAGAAAAGGGAAGAUAUGAACUACAAGAUGAUCAGGCUCUGGAAACGAUCACCACUGUUGAAAACGAAAAGUUAGAGCAGCUCGAGGGAAUUGUGGAAUCUGAGGCUGAAACAGACUCGGAACAAGAAGAGGUCACUAUAGCUGACGCCUCAAUUUCGGAUACUAAUACGACGGCAGCUGGAUAUCGACGGACGGAUGAUACAACGAUUGGACUUUGCUCUAAUUCGGGAGACUAUGAAAAAAAUGCGAGGAUUGUUGCUUCUUAUGGUGAGGACCUCAAAAAACUUAAGCUUGGCAGACCAAGGGGUUCCAAGAAAAAGCAACAAGUGCAACAAACGGAAACUCUUGUCCAGCUUCAAUUCAUCGAAGGAAAAGGAGAAGAAGGGAAUAACGAGGGAAGAAGAGGCGGAGUAUGGAAGAAGGUCCAGUUGAAAUUUGAAACAUUAGGGGAAAUUGAUAUGGCUGCAAACGUUAUAUUGCUGUGGCAGCUUCUUUCCAGUGGAGGAGCUUUGUACCCUUCUGUGAAGCUUUGGAAACCACGAAACUCAAAAACAGCUCAAAAAGCUGUUAUCAAGGCCCAGAAGGAAGCUGAGAAGAAACUCAAGGAUCGUGAAAAGAGAGCAAAGAAGAAAGCUGGCUUGUCAGGUGAUGUUCCAGAGGAUGAGGAACAAACUGAAAGCUGUUACUAUGAUGCUGGUGAUGCUGAGAAGGCAGAAGCAACAGUUGUACUCCAGCACCAUCAAAGAGACAAAGAAAUGAAGGAGAAUCCAAUGAGACAUAAAGUUGUUAGGUUCAGGGAUUCAGAUGCACUUCCAAGAGCUAUACUCAAGCACAAAAAGGCAGCAACCCUAGAUCAUCUACUUAUAUUAAAGAAAAGCAACUACACUGCUUCAGCUGCUUUGGUGUUGGUGCUGCUAAUCGUAGUUGGUUAUUAUCACUAUAUGGUUUCAGCCUCAGGUUAG